AUGAACGUAGUGGGUACAGAAUAUGAUGUUAAAAUCGUUGACUACGAUGGGCAUAUUGAUGUGGCAGGCAAGAUUUUCACCAACGAUUCUUCUACGAGUGCAAGCUGGGCAGGUCUGCAACAGGGACAGCUCGGAACAUCAACGUUGUUUGGAGUGAGGGAAGCACCACCGAAUUUAUGGUCCGGGGCUGGUUCCAAAGCAGAAAAUGCUCUCGAAGAAGACCAUGGUGACUGUGUGGUGGUGUACUACAACUACAUUCCACUACAGCUUCAUGACAUCUGGCGAGACCAUUACUACAGAGAAGUACCGCAUAGAACUGGACGAAAUGCACCGGAAGCUCCAACAUCUUCGCUUGGCGUUAGUGAAGAGAAUAGGCCUGGUGCUCCUUCACGGCAAUGCCCGGCCCCACAUUUCAAAGGUGACACUACUGAAGUUGAACGAGUUGGACUAGAAGACUCAGCCUCAUUCGUCAGACCCUUCGCUAACUGA